ACCAUAUUUGAAGAAGUAAGAAUUUAUUAAACAAAAACGACAAGCCGCUAAAUUGGUAAUCCACACAACAACAACUGCAAUCGCUGCUUCUCUCUCUCUCUCUUUACCCCAUUAACCCCAAAGGGAUAGAAACAAACAUCGAAAACUGGGAGACGCUGAAGAUUAGCCAAAGAAACAGCCAACCUCUGCUCAGUGUUUAUCCACUACUCAUAAUUCCUCUUUAUUCUCACUGACAUUAUUCUUUCUACUACCAGUGGACUGUUUGUACCUACUCCUGCCCUUAUUUCACGGCCAAAUUGGAGGAACAUAUUUUGACAUCCAUUAUUGAACAUGUACUGAUGAGAACUCCCGUUGUAAGAAACUAUUCUUCAGUGCUUUACUUGAAGCGAAUGAGCUUCUUUUUGAAAUACUCGUCUCCUUCACAUCAAUCAUGACUGCUGGUCCUCUCCAGUAUUUCUGAGUUUUGGUUUAGCUUUUUUAGCAUGCUUGAGUGCACUGCUAAUGUCACUGUUCAAGUCUUGAUGAUUUUAAUUUAGUUGGAUUUUAGAAAUGAAUUUUUCUCAAAGCUUUUGUUCACUAAUAUCCUCAUAUGUUAGAGAUAUGAUCAACUUAAAACUCUCUCCUUCAACCAGAGCAUAACACAAGUGAAAGGUUUGGUGGGUCAGGAAGCAUUGAAGGAGGCUACCAGACUAAGCUUUCAUUUACUUCAUUUUCAAAAGGGUAGCUAUGCAGACCCCAAAAUCAAGAAAUUCCUUGCCGGAAGCACCUCAAAAGGCUUCUCCUCGAGUUGCUCGGAAGCUUCGGCCGACUGCACUGGAAUGUGAUUCUACUUCCUCCUCAAACCAAGUAAAUAAUAGAAUCAUUAAAGAAAGAAGCCCUAAAGUUAUUGAUCGAAAGUCACCUAGAAGCCCUGCGAGCGUUGAGAAAAAGCGUCCGAGCAAGAUUUCCGAGUUGGAAUCUCAGGUUUCUCAGCUCCAAGAGGAUUUGACAAUAGUAAAGGACCAGCUAUGUUUAUCUGAAUCAUGCAAGAAGGAAUUCAAGCAAGAUGCCGAGGAGGCCAAGGAUCAACUUGUAGCCAUGACCUUAAAGCUUCAAGAGUCUGAAAAACUAGUUCUUGAGCUCUCUGCUUCUGAAGAAGCUCGUGUUAUAGAAUUGCAACAGAUCUCACAAGACCGAGAUCAAGCCUGGCAAUCUGAGCUUGAGGCCAUUCAAGAACAGCACAAACUCGACUAUUCUGCAUUGGCUUCUGCUGUAAAUGAGAUUCAGCAGCUAAAGAUCCAGCUUGAAAUGGUAGCUCAGUCUGAAACGAAAAAGACCGAGCAUGCAGAUUCAGCAAAUAAAGAACUCGAUAGCUUCAGAAGUAAACUAGCAGAAACUUUGUGUCUUAUGGAAAGAAUGGAACACGAAUUGAAAAACUGUAGAGAAUCUGAAGCUCAGGCUCAGUUACUUGCAAGAGAAACUCUAGCACAACUUGAAGAUGCGAAAAAACGGCUGGAGGAGCUCAGAUUUGAUGGUAUGGAAGCAAAGAAGGCUUACAACGCUAUUGCUUUAGAGUUGGAUGAGUCGAAAGCACGUGUUAACAUAUUAGAAAAACUUGUUGGUAAACUGGAAACAGAUGUUGCUAAUGCUAGCAGUAACCUUUUGCAACAUCCAGCGGUUGAAAACGAGAAAAAGAGAGGAGAAGAUCAUAUUGAAGAACUUUGUUCUCUCAGAUCAGAGAUUGAACAACUGAAAACAGCCCUUGAAGUGGCCGAGGCCAAAUACCAUGAAGAUCAAAUUCAGAGUGCAGUUCAGAUAAAGAUGGCUUAUGAACAGGUUGAGCAAAUAAAAUCCAACAAGAAUUCUAGGGAGUUUAAUCUGGAGCAAGAAUUGAAAAAAUUCAAAGCAGAUAUUGAAGAGUUAAAGGCUGACUUGAUGGAUAAGGAGACUGAAUUACAGGGUAUCUCGGAGGAGAACGAGCAAUUACAAGCGAAGAUCCAGAAAAACUUGUCUAGCCAAAGGGAAUAUGAGCUCGAAAGGGAGAUCAAGGAAUUGAAGGAACAUCUUGUGGAAUUGAAGUCUAGUCUCACUGAUAAGGAGAGAGAUUAUCAUAGUAUUUCGGAUGAAAAUGAGAUGCUAAAGCUCGAAAUUAACAAAAGGAUAAUGAUCCGAGCAAAAGCAAGCAAUGGGACAACUGAAGUUGAGGACGCAACGGCUGCUGAACAAGAUGCUCUCAUAAGACUUGGAAUUGUGAUGGAGGAAGCAGACAAGAGCAACAAGAGGGCUGCUCGAGUGUCCGAACAGUUGGAGGCUGCUCAGGCUGCAAAUGCCGAGAUAGAAACAGAGUUGAGACGGUUGAGAGUGCAGUCUGACCAAUGGAGGAAGGCUGCGGAGGCAGCAGCGGCGAUGCUGUCUGCGGGAAACAAUGGAAAGUUAAUGGAUCGAUCGGGAUCAUUAGACAGCAGCUAUGAUUCGGCUGCAGGAAAGUUUAAUGGGUCUUAUUGUGAAGAGAUAGAUGAUGAUUUGCUAAAAAAGAAAAAUGGAAAUGUGCUAAAAAAGAUAGGGGUGCUGUGGAAGAAACAACAGAAAUGAAGGUCAAGGACUUGGGUUGUCUGACUUUGUAUUAUGAAAAACAUAUUGCUUUCUUAGGAUGUAUUUACUCUUAUUAUGAUGCUAAUGCUGUUUGUUUUUCUCAUCUC